AUGGAUCGAGAACAGUUCCGCGCUGCGGCUCAUGCAGCGAUUGAUGACAGUCAGUAUCACCCCGCGGACAAGGAAUACCCAUCCUCUGUGAAACAAAAAGUCAUAAAUCAUUUUGAUUCUCUCCCCGACCGACGCGUCCUUCCUACCAUUGAACCCGGCUAUCUUCGUCCUCAGAUCCCCGAAAACCCACCCAUUGAACCACAAGAAUGGUCCGAAAUACAGGCAGAUAUCGAAUCCAAGAUCCAGCCGGGUUUAACCCAUUGGCAAUCGCCCAAUUUCAUGGCGUUCUUCCCGGCUUCGGUCACGUACCCCAGUAUACUGGGUGAGAUGUAUUCGGCGGCUUUCAAUGCGCCGGCUUUUAAUUGGAUCUGUUCCCCAGCAUGCACGGAGCUUGAAACUGUUAUUAUGGACUGGGUCGCGAAGGCAUUGGGAUUACCGGAGUGCUUUUUAAGCACGUCUGAGAAUCUUGGUGGGGGUGUUAUUCAGGGUACUGCCAGCGAGUCCGCGGCUACCAUGUUGAUUGCUGCUCGUGAACGACGGGCGCGUGAACUCACACUUGCCGAGGGUAUAAAGGACAAUGGCUCGCGCGAAUACGAAGAUAGGAUAUGUGCUCACCGCGCCAGACUCGUUGCUCUAAGUAGCGAUCAGGCACAUAGCAGUAUCGCAAAGGCUGCUUUGGUGGCUGGUACGAGGUUUCGUUCCGUCCCCUCCAGGUUGGAGGAUAACAUGGAAAUGACCGGAGAGUCGUUGCGUGCGGUUUUGACAAGGAUAGAAGAGGAGGAAGGACUAGUGCCUUUCUUCAUUACUUUUACUAUGGGCACCACUAACUCGUGCGCCGUGGAUCGGUUCGAGGAACUCAAGGCUGUUUUAAACGAGAAGGAGUCUUGGAGACGAAUAUGGGUCCAUAUUGAUGCUGCGUAUGCAGGCGCUGCUUUGGUGGUGGACGAGUACCAGCAUAUUGCGCAAAACUUUGCCGAGGGCGUAGACAGCUUCAAUAUGAACAUGCACAAGUGGCUACUCGUCAACUUCGAUGCUAGCUGCCUAUUCGUCAGGAACCGCGUUGAUCUGACCAACGCCCUUGACAUCACUCCUACAUACCUCCGCAAUCCUUACUCCGAAACGGGCACAGUGAUCGACUACCGCAACUGGCAAAUCUCACUCGGUCGACGGUUCCGAAGUCUCAAAAUCUGGUUUGUUAUGCGCAGUUACGGUUUGACCGGCAUGAAAGCACAUAUUCACAAGGGUCUCGCACUCGGCAACCUAUUCACGGAGAAAGUCAAGAGUCGACCAGACCUUUUCGAAAUCGUCACAAAGCCGGAUUUCGCCUUGACUGUGCUUCGUGUACGAAGCAGUGCUGCCUCUUCUGCUCCAUCGAAUGGUUCCAGUGGCAUCAAUGGCACAAACGGCGUUGCGAAGCUCCAUGUCGCUCAAGUCGACGAGAAAGCGGAUGAGAUCACGAAGAAGGUAUAUGAAUUGAUCAAUUCUCGAGGCGAGAUCUAUCUCACUUCGAGUGUGAUUGCGGGCAUAUAUGUGAUCAGAGUUGUGGGUGUAAGUCUUCAGGCUGAUGAGGCGCAUACGCUGCGCGCGUUUGAUAUCUUGGUAAAUACGACAGAGGAAGUCUUGCGCGGUUGA